GAUUUGCCAUAGCCUUCCUCCCCAGGAGCAAGCGUCUUUUAAUUUCUUGGCUGCAGUCCCCAUCUGUGGUGAUCUUGGAGCCCAGGAAAAUAAAGUUCUACCCUGUUACAAAUCUAAAUCCCAAAUGUUGAUUAAACCUGAUUAGAAGUUUAAGAAGGACAGAUAAAAUAAUAUAGCCAUUACUUUUACGCUCUUCUUCUGAAGUUUCUAGAAUUACCUUCUGGCUAUAGUUGAGAUGGAAUUUCAGAAUUAGAUUAUAUGAAUUCUGGUCUUUACCAGAAAGGUAGUUCUUGUGUUCUUGAGAGAAUUUCUCUUAUUUUCUCCUGUCUGUGCUCCUAUGCCUUUAACCAAUACGUUGCAUGUAAAAAUUCAUCCAAUACAACUUUUCCCAACAUGCCAAUGGGGAGGCAAGGAAAAGCUAAACAAAUACUGCUGGAUAUCUGGUUCUCUUAUAGCUGUUAGGUGCAUAACAUAUGAACAUAAAUAACAUGUGUACAGUAAAUAAAACUACCAAACCUGAAAACUAGCCAGCAAUAAACCUGUUUUUGAGCAGUGGAAGAAAUUAAUUCUGGGGAGCUUAUGACCUUUAUUCUGACAAAGGCAUCUAGAAAUAACUUGUUCACAACAAAGAUAAUUGCAUAAUGACCUCAUGUACAAAGGAUUCAGAAAUACCCACUGAGUCAUAUUACCUGGCAUCACUUCUUUUGGAUGGGGUAAUAAUGGACAUCAGAUGUACUGUUAAACACAAUUUAUUUCAUUUUCUUGGGUAGGAAAAGUUGUUUGUGUGUGUUAGGAACCCAGCGGUGGAGUCUGGCUUUGUAUCAUGUAGAAGCUCAAAGGUUUGAUAGAAGCACCGGCUUCAUUAAUGCCUUUCUUGAUGAUGGGGAUUUUACUGGCACUGACCAGUACAAAUAGGAUGCGGAGGAAGAGAUUGGUGGAAGGAGGUAGAAUGCAACGCAUACUUGUGGCCCAAGACCUUUUUGGUACCUGAGUUGGAUGGAAAUGGCGCCUGCUGUUGGCACUAAUAUUGCACGAACAAAGUAACUGAUGCUUUAUGUCCCUUAAUGGUACCUUAAGUCCACCACCCGAUGUUCUGAUCUGUGGCGGGACUUGCCCUGAUAAAGGUGAUGGAAUCGCAAGGGAGAGCAGUCCAUUUAUCAACAAUGCACGUUCAGAAAGAGAAAAUGUCUAUGAAGGAAAAAAUAUGGCUCUUUUUGAGGAAGAAAUGGAUAGCAAUCCCAUGGUAUCUUCUCUUCUCAAUAAGCUAGCAAAUUACACAAAUGUUACUCAGGGAGUCGUAGAACACGAAGAAGAUGAAGACAGCAAACGUAAAGAAAUCAAGGCACCACGGAUGGGCACAUUCAUUGGCGUCUACUUGCCCUGUCUGCAGAAUAUUUUGGGAGUCAUCCUAUUCCUUCGACUGACGUGGAUUGUGGGUACUGCAGGGGUGCUUGAAUCUUUCAUCAUCGUAUUCAUGUGCUGUGCUGGCACGAUGCUGACUGCAAUAUCGAUGAGUGCGAUAGCCACAAACGGGGUGGUUCCAGCUGGUGGGUCAUACUACAUGAUCUCAAGAUCAUUAGGACCAGAGUUUGGUGGAGCUGUGGGACUUUGCUUCUACUUGGGCACAACAUUUGCAGGGGCUAUGUAUAUUCUGGGCACAAUCGAAAUCCUACUGAAAUACAUUUCCCCCAAUGCUGCUAUUUUUACUGGAAGUGAGGAAGCCAUGUUAAACAAUAUGAGAGUUUAUGGAACGUGCAUCCUUGCUCUGAUGGCAAUAGUCGUUUUCGUGGGAGUCAAAUACGUGAAUAAGCUUGCCCUUGUCUUCUUGGCUUGCGUAAUCCUUUCAAUUAUUGCUAUUUAUGCCGGGGUUAUCAAAACCGCUUUUGAUCCACCAGACUUUCGCGUUUGUCUUCUUGGAAACCGGACGUUAGUGAGAGGCAAUUACCCUUGUGCCAAAUAUGUUGAAGUGGAAAAUGCGACAAUGACUACCUCGUUGUGGAGAAUGUUUUGUGAAAAUAGCCCCUUUCUAAAUGCCACAUGUGAUGACUAUUUCCAUCUAAACAAUGUCACGGAAAUUCAAGGAAUUCCUGGUGUUACCAGUGGAGUCUUACUGGAUAAUUUGUGGAGUGUAUAUGGGGACAAAGGGUCAAUUGUAGAGAAACAAGAUCUUCCCUCAGUUCCAGUUCCAGAAGAGGCCAAAGUCAAAUCAGCGGCUUACGUGUACACAGAUAUCAUGACCUACUUCACGAUGCUUGUUGGGAUCUAUUUUCCAUCUGUGACAGGCAUCAUGGCAGGUUCAAACAGGUCUGGAGAUCUUCGGGAUGCUCAAAAAUCUAUUCCUACUGGAACAAUUCUGGCCAUUUCAACAACAUCAUUUAUCUAUCUGUCUUGUAUAGUCCUCUUUGGAGCAUGCAUUGAAGGAGUCGUCUUGAGAGACAAAUUUGGAGAAGCCGUUAAUGGAAACCUCGUGAUCGGUACCUUGGCCUGGCCCUCUCCUUGGGUCAUCGUCAUUGGCUCAUUCUUUUCCACCUGUGGGGCCGGCCUCCAGAGUCUCACCGGUGCCCCUCGGCUGUUGCAGGCGAUUGCAAGAGAUGGCAUUGUCCCAUUUCUCCAGGUCUUUGGGCAUGGAAAAUCAAAUGGUGAACCGACCUGGGCACUGCUCCUCACAGCAUUCAUCUGUGAGAUUGGCAUUCUCAUAGCUUCUCUGGACAGUGUGGCCCCAAUCCUCUCUAUGUUUUUCCUCAUGUGCUAUCUGUUUGUGAACUUGGCCUGUGCUGUUCAGACUCUUCUUCGUACACCAAACUGGAGACCUCGUUUCAAAUAUUAUCACUGGACCCUUUCGUUCCUGGGGAUGAGUUUGUGUCUUGCAUUGAUGUUCAUCUGCUCUUGGUAUUAUGCCUUGGUCGCCAUGCUUAUAGCAGGAUGUAUUUACAAAUACAUAGAAUACAGAGGAGCUGAGAAAGAAUGGGGAGAUGGAAUCCGGGGGCUGUCCUUGAAUGCCGCUCGCUACGCUUUGCUUCGGGUUGAACAAGGUCCUCCUCAUACCAAAAAUUGGAGGCCACAAGUCUUGGUUCUGUUGAAUUUGGAUUCAGAACAGUUAGUAAAACACCCUCGGUUACUUUCCUUCACCGCUCAACUGAAAGCUGGGAAGGGCUUGACCAUUGUGGGAUCCGUAAUCCAAGGAAUAUAUUUGGAUAAAUACACAGAAGCUCAAAGGGCGGAGGAGAAUAUUAGGUCUUUAAUGGCCGCAGAGAAAACCAAAGGGUUUUGCCAGAUCGUGGUGUCAUCCAGUGUCAGGGAUGGAAUUUCCCAUUUGAUUCAGUCUGCCGGCCUUGGCGGGAUGAAGCAUAACACCGUCUUAAUGGCGUGGCCUCAGUCCUGGAAGCAGACUGACAAUCCCUUCUCCUGGAAAAAUUUUGUUGAUACUGUGCGAGAAACAACUGCAGCUCAGCAAGCCCUUCUAGUUGCUAAAAACAUAGACUUGUUCCCCGUCAACCAAGAACGCUUCAGUGAGGGCAACAUAGACGUAUGGUGGAUUGUCCAUGACGGUGGCAUGCUGAUGCUGCUCCCUUUCCUCCUGAAGCAGCACAAGGUCUGGAGGAAAUGUAAAAUGCGCAUCUUCACGGUCGCUCAGAUGGAUGACAAUAGUAUUCAGAUGAAGAAAGAUCUCCAGAUGUUUCUGUACCAUCUUCGAAUUAGUGCUGAGGUGGAGGUUGUGGAAAUGUUUGAAAAUGAUAUUUCAGCCUUUACAUAUGAGAAGACUCUUGUGAUGGAGCAGAGGUCGCAGAUGCUGAAACAGAUGCAGCUCUCAAAGAACGAAAGGGAGAGAGAGAUUCAGAGCAUCACUGAUGAGUCUCGUGGCUCCAUCAGAAGAAAGAGCCGCUCUAGCCCGCAGUGUAUCAGUCAAGAUGUAGACCAUCUGCUCCCCAAUGACAUUCAGGAGGAAGAGGCUCAAUUAAUCCACGACAGAAACACCGCGGCCCACUCCACCGGGAUGGUUAAAUCUCACACCGCUAUUGCGACACCUGAAAAAGUACAGAUGACAUGGACCAAAGAGAAACUUAUAUCUGAGAAGCACAAAAAUAAAGAAACAAGUCUGGCCAGCUACAAGGAUAUCUUCAACAUGAAACCAGAAUGGGGAAAUCUGAACCAGUCCAAUGUGAGAAGGAUGCACACCGCAGUCAAGCUCAAUGGAGUGGUGCUAAAUAAGUCUCAACAUGCUCAGCUGGUGUUACUGAAUAUGCCCGGACCGCCAAAAAAUAGGCAAGGAGAUGAAAACUACAUGGAGUUUCUGGAAGUCUUGACAGAAGGCCUGAACAGAGUGCUUUUGGUGCGAGGAGGCGGCCGCGAAGUCAUCACCAUUUACUCUUGAUCGUUUCACCGGAUGCACAGCUAUUGCAGUAGCAACAACUGUUUCUGGAUUCGAAUGCGGGACUUUGGAAAAAGUUGGCCAUGAAGGACUUUGGGCUGGCCUCUUCUUAUUUCUCGCAGACAGAAUCGAAUCCAACAGUUGAAACGUUUCCCCCCAAAAUUAUGUAAGCAAAAUUGUUUCCUACAUAGAUUUGUCUAACAUUUGUCUUUACUGAAGAACUGUACGAUAGACCUUUAUAUUUUUCUAAUGUAGAAAACUGGGAGACUUUUGUUGUUCUUGGGAUGAGGGCGGGCCUGGAGGGCCAUUCUUUUUGCACAUAAUUCUUAAAUAUGGUAAAUGGAAUAUCUGCUAUUUUUGACAUAGGAACAAACAUUUACGUUUUUAGCACUUUUUAUAAUGAUGGCUUCAAAGAAAAUAGAAAAAAGAAUGGGUUUCCCGGAUCAUUUUUGGCGAGUCUGGUGUGCUUAUUUUGUACUUAGUGAUGCUGCUGCAUUGUAAGCAGGUUUUGUUUCCAUAUCCAGUCCGGCUGGUUCUGUGUUCAUAUUCAUCCACCAAUCCGUGAGUUGUCUGGCAUUGUAUUUUAAUUAAAGAUUGCUGGUUGAAUAAU